GACAACGCAUGAGUUCGGUUACUGUACUGUGGGAACAAUUCGAGAGCACAACACACGACCACGAUCCACUUGACCCAGGGUACAAGAGCAAUUUUAACCUACAGUACCACAUUACCUCUACUAUACAACCAAUUUUUGGGAAUAUAUGCACUGCUCCUGCUACCGGCGCUGACGCGAAAAAAAUCCAACCGCCUAAAUCAACUAGAUUCAACAGCAUCGAAUCAAGAAGCAAGCGACAUGGCUUCGAACGGUGGGAACCAGAGUUUUAUCCCUCUCGAACAGGGAUGGAACGAAGAGAUAAAGGCGAAGGUGGGUACAUCUAGCGAAYCCCGGACCACCGUGCCCCAGGCGCCAAUCCGAUCCUGUACCGGUGGACRAAGAUAUUCAUUCAGAACGGGAUACGAAUUAUGGACACGGCGUCGUGCUWGGAAKUUUCAUGUUUUUCUUUCUUCUYYUCCAGAGAAUYGGUCCACAAAUGCAAUGUUURGUGUCGAACGCCGAGCACCGUUUUUGCAUAGCCCAUUGUYGUCUCACACMUCUUGCCGCUAUAAUCCUCUYUUCACAUCACACAUCAAACAAAACWAAACUAAAAUAGGCCAUUGACAAGCUGGAACACCUCCUGAACGGCCAAACGAAAUCCAACAGCAUCUUCGGCCCGAAGGAAUACGUUGCAAUUUACACGUGAGUUUCGGUUCUCCAUGAAACGAAAGACUGCGACGACGACAUCGAAGAGGAMGAUUCUCUUCGUCCCUUUGUAUGGAAGACCAAACAUCAAACUUUUUUCUCUGCCGUGGAUUAUUCCUGCGAUUUCUGCUUUUCUCAAUCCAACAAUUUGUUUUGUUUUGUGGUUUGCGGCUUGUUUGUCUCUUUCUCUCUUCCAGUACGUGCUAUGAUAUGUGUACACAGCGUGCCCCCUACAACUGGUCCCAGCAACUUUACCAACGACACGGCGAGACCAUCGAACAAUACCUCAACAACAACGUUCUCCCGGCGCUUUGCGACAAAAAAGGCCAGGGUGGGACCAUUCUCUUGAUGGAACUCAAACACAGGUGGCAAAAYCACCAAAUUAUGAAUAAGUGGCUAAAGAAGUUCUUCACCUAUCUCGAUCGAUACUACGUCAAGCACCACAGUUUGCCAACCCUGCACCAGGCCGGCUUGCGCUGUUUCCGAACCAACGUCUACGACGAAAUCAAGGAAGACACCACYGGAGCCAUCCACGGGCUCAUCAACGAAGAGCGAGAGGGCAGGAUCAUCGACAAGAGCCUCGUCAAGAGUGUUGUCGAACUCUACGAAAGCAUGGGUAUGGGAACCCUCGACGCAUACAACGAUGAUCUAGAACGACCCCUUCUCACUUUUACCCGGGAAUAUUACGCCAGAAAGCGAGAGGAUUGGAUCAACGAUUCUACGCCGGACUACCUCAUCAAGGCAGAGGAUGCGCUGGACGAGGAACGAAAGCGUGUCGAGGAUUACCUGAACCCCUCGUCCGAAGCCAAGAUUCUGAAGGUGGUCGAGGAAGAGAUUUUGGAGAAAGUGGAAACUGUUUUGCUGGAAAAAGAGUCCUCCGGGUGCCGCGCCCUAUUGCAAAACGACAAAUCGGAGGAUCUCCAAAGGAUGUUCCGUCUUUUUUCGAGACUCGAGAACGGACUCAACCCUAUGGCCAACAUUUUACAGAGUUUUAUCACAGAUAUGGGAGAAGACAUCAUCAACCGCCGCAAAGCUCGGCUCGACGGUGGGGAAAAGGAUAAGAACGACGAUCCUAAGUUUGUCAAGUCGAUCAUGGCUCUCCACGAGAAAUACCUAGAYGUGGUAAAGAAAGACUUUCAGGGGAACUCGCUCUUCCAAAAGGCMUUGAAGGAUGCUUUUGUCGAGAUUGUCAACAAAAAUGUCGGGCAGUUCACAAAUGCAGAACUGAUGUCUACCUUCUGCGACAGAAUCCUCAAGAGUGGCGGCGAAAAACUCAGUGAAUCGGAAGUAGAGAUCAACCUGGAAAAGAUYGUCCAGUUGUUCUCGUACCUGACGGACAAGGACAUGUUUGCCGAAAUCUAUCGAAAUCAGCUCGCGAAACGACUUCUUAGCCAGCGAUCCACUAGCGACGACGCAGAAAAAUUGAUGAUUGCCAAGCUCAAGAUGCAGUGCGGAACGCAGUUCACGUCUAAAAUGGAGGGCAUGCUGGCGGAUCUUGCUGUUGGUAGCGACCAACGAUCGGAAUUUGAAACCCGGAUGCGUUCCGUCGACACUAAACUGGACUUUAGUGUACAAGUGUUGACAACUGGGUUUUGGCCAACGUAUAAGAGCCCAGAAAUUUCUCUCACGCCGGAAAUGACGAAGUGCAUCGAGGUCUUUAAAGAAUGGCAUGACAACAAGCACCAAAAGAGAAAGUUGGGAUGGGUUUUUUCUCAAGGAAAUGCUUCGGUGCGUGGUGUUUUCAAGAAAACGUACGACAUUCAGGUGACAACACUUCAGGCCGUGGCAUUGGAAGCCUUUAACGACGGUGUUACGAUGACAUUUGAAGAAUUGUCGCGCAUGUUGAACUUGCGAGAAGAYAUCUUGAAGCCUUUGAUGCAUUCUCUCUCGUGCGGGAAAUACAAAGUGAUCAGGAAAAACCCAGCCAGCAACAAGAUCAAUGCCACAGACUCAUUCACGGCGAACAGAAAGUUUGUUGCGAAUCUGCGCAAAAUCCGAAUUCCUAUGGCAUCUCUGGACUCGACCAUGAACAAAAAGAGGGUGGAGGARGAUCGCUCUAUUGCUAUCGAAGCYGCAAUCGUCCGGAUYAUGAAAGCGCGCAAAACUCUUCAGCACCAGCAACUCAUUUCGGAGGUCCUAGCACAGCUGAAUUUCUUCAACCCGCGGGCUCGCGUCGUAAAGAAAUGCAUCGAGAAAYUGAUYGAGCGUGAAUACCUGGAACGUAGUGCCGACAAUUCCCAGGUUUAUAACGUAAGUUUGAGACUUUUUGACGCUGAGAUGGGACUAAWCUGCGGGGGAAUUGCACAUGUGGCGGACUCACACCUGAUUUUUCUUUCAUUGUUGUMCCAAUACAGUAUCUCGCCUAAUCCGGAAAGGAGAUCCUACUCGUAUGGUCAAAUUCGUUGGCACGAAUGGUGAAGAGUGAUUCUUUWAAAAAAUAUUGCAGUUUCAACUUACGAAGUAAAGUAUCACAGCAGGAUUGAUUUAUCCCUUCGUAGAUAUUGUUUCAUGUGAUUAUAAGAUGCCAGMUACUUUUGCUUACAAGAUMUAUAUAGUUACUUAGGUAUUUGAUCGCWGCCAAAUGGUUGUAUACUUGAAUUGCGAAUCAAGAAUUARAAAACCU